UGCUACACAAUUAUUCCGUAAAGUAAAAUCUUCCUUAAGUUGAUUUGAAAAGUAUCAUGAUAAUUCUUAUUUUCGAUUAAACAUUUGCUCAACACUUAAAACGAGGUUGUUUGUCACACUUACUCGUGACAAUCCAAUAUAUCUCCUAGUCUAUACAUAAAUGUAAACUUUCCAUUUUCUUUGCCUAAUUUAUGUCAUACAGAUGAAGCUGUCUCAAAUAAUUGUUUAUGAGGUUAGUAUUUAGGGUCCCUCCAAUAUAACACUUUGAAUUUAUAUAUCUCUACUCCAAAUUCCUUUGCACAACAUUUUUCCAAACAGAGUCAAGGGUUUCUAUCUCUUCCACCGCCACCCCUCUCUUAACACAUACGCACAGACAGUGAGAAAAGGCCAAUUUGUUUUGUAAUGUCAAGCAGCAACAAGAAAAGGUACAUUCUCAACACAGUGGCAGUGAACCUGGGAUGCAGCACUUGUAGCAAAAGGCCAAGGCUCUCCAGCAUAUUCCGGCCAAAACCAAGGGAAAAACCCCAGUUCCACCACCACCAACCUCGCCAACACGACUCUUCUUCAAGCUCCUGGGAUGCCACCAAAUUUUCCUCCACCGCAGACACCCCACCGGUAUACUGCUCCUCCGAACCAGAGUCAGACAUCAAAAGCCUUCAAGCUGUACAAGGAUUCGGAAAGAUUGGAGGUGAAAGCUUGGCAGUGGAGAAAGACUCCGACGACCCGUAUCUCGACUUUAGAAACUCAAUGCUGCAAAUGAUUCUGGAAAAAGAAAUUUACUCAAAAGAUGAUCUUAAAGAGCUCCUCAACUGUUUCUUGCGACUAAAUUCACCAUAUUACCACGGGAUCAUUGUCAGAGCUUUUACAGAGAUUUGGAAUGGGGUGUACUAAGUAAAAUCUGGUUCUCCAGACUUGAACUUAUAGGCUAUAAAACCUUUGUCAUUUUUAGGGUGUCGUUAGCGUUAGUACGAAAAUAAUCUGAAAGAAUACUGUGGUUCUAUUUCUUUAUAUGUAACACCAGUUUUUAGGAAAAAGUAUUAUGUAUUUAUAGUCU